AUUGUUUUUCUUCCAUGUAGUUUUAACCGUCCAAUCAGCAUCCAGAACCCGCCUGGUUGCCUAGCGUUGUUAUCAAGCGGGAAGUAUGGCGGCGUCGGCGGCUGCAGGGGCGCCCGCGGCGGGAGCCGAAGCCAAGAAGUCGAUGGACGGCACGGAAGGUGCAGUAAUUAAUUGGUCAAACCAGGGUUUGCAAAAACUGGGACCAACUUUAUCCUGUGAUACAGACAUACGUACUCUGAUUCUGGAUAAAAACCAGUUAAUAAAACUGGAACACUUGGAGAACUGCAGGAAUCUGCUACAGUUGUCAGUAGCCAACAAUCGGCUGGUGCGGAUGAUGGGUGUAGCAAAACUGAUACAGCUUCGGGUAUUAAACUUGCCUCACAACAGUAUUGGUUAUGUAGAGGGACUAAAGGAUUUGGCCUGCUUGGAAUGGCUGAACCUGGCAGGAAAUAACUUAAAGACUAUAGACCAGAUCAACAUCUGCACAAGUCUUCAACAUCUUGAUUUAUCAGACAACAAUAUAUCCCAAAUUGGAGAUAUCUCCAAGCUGUUGAGUCUAAAGACUCUGUUGCUACAUGGAAAUAUCAUCACAUCAUUACGUACAGCUCCUGCUUGUUUACCUCAAGGUCUGGCUAUUCUUUCAUUGGCAGAAAAUGAAAUCAGAGAUUUGAAUGAGAUUUCUUUCUUGUCCUCCUUUCCUGAGCUGGAGCAGUUGUCAAUUAUGAACAAUCCCUGUGUGAUGGCCACACCUUCCAUCCCAGGAUUUGACUAUCGGCCAUAUAUUGUCAGUUGGUGUCUCAGUCUAAAAGUCCUUGAUGGCUAUGUGAUUUCUCAGAAAGAGAGUUUGAAAGCAGAAUGGCUUUACAGUCAAGGAAAGGGAAGAUCAUUUCGACCAGGACAGCACAUUCAGUUAGUACAAUACCUGGCCAGUGUUUGUCCUCUUACAGCUAUGUUUGGGCUCCAAACUGCGGAAGAUGCCAAACUGGAAAAAAUACUGCAUAAACAAAGGUUGCAUCAGAGACAGUUGAUGUACCAAAGUCAAGCUGAUGAAUCACCUGUUCCCUCAAAUAUGAAUAAAGGCAUGCCUGUUACCAGUGAGCCAAACAGCCCUCCUUAUGGGCCACAAAUAAUGACCGAAAGUGAACCUGUUCUAAAAAAAAAUAACUGGGUUGGGCCAAAAACCAAUGAUGACCAUUCUUAUGCAGCUAAGAACAUCUUUCCAGCCUCUGUACAAGCUGAAAGGGAUACUUGUAAGGACCUUUAUCUGGAAGAUAUACAAACUGAUGAGGACAAGCUGAACAGCAGUCUUCUCUCCUCAGAGUCUACUUUUAUGCCUGUUGCUUCGGGGCUCUCUCCAGUGUCUCCAACUACUGCAGAACUGAGGCUUCAUGGAAUCAGUAUUGAUGUAGGAGGUUCUGAUUUUGAAUUUAUAAGAGAGAAUAAUAAUAAAGAAGGUGAAGAAAAGCAAGAAAAACUUCCUAUGGUUCUUAGAGAGUGUUCCAUCAAAUCGGCAGAGAUUGUGGAAAUUCAGAAGGAAGAUCAAGAGGAAGGAAUGCUGUCCAAUUCUAACUUACCAGUAGCCAUUAUUACUCCACUUGCUGACAGCAGCAGCUGUCAAGCAUCCUCUGAAGACCAUGCUCUGAAAACCUUCGAGCAGCACACUCAUGAGGAUAACUUAAUCAAAACUGUUUCCCCUGCCAAAUCUCUAGAAGACAUAACUGCUGAUGCAUCUGUUACUUUAAUCCAAAAGAAACAUGAGGUUGAAGCAAUGAACAGAGCAGCCACCAAACUUCAAGCCAGAUGGAGGGGAUUUUACACAAGGAACCACCAUCCCAGAGCUAAGGAAGUGCGCUAUGAAAUUCGACUUGGCAGAAUGCAGGAGCACAUUAUGCAUUUAACUAAAGAAGUAGAAAAGUUAAAAAAAGAAAAAGAUGAAGAGAGGCUUCAAAGGCUAGUGCAAGAAGAGGCUGUCAAAUUCCUUUGGGAUCAGGUUAGAUCCAUUCAGGAAUGGCAGCUUUCAAUAAAUCCACCUCUAAGUACAGUCUGGCAACAUAGUAUUCCAACACGUAGCAUUUUGAGUUCCUCCAAGCUACCUGUGGAGUCAUCUGGACUAAAUCAAGCAUCUUCUCCUGUUGAUUGUUCUAUCUGGUUAAGUUCAAGUGCUGACACUUGUCAUCAGAAAUAUUUGCCAGGAUUUCCUGACUCGGGUUUCCAUUCCUGUGUGACUGACCAAAAUUGCCUUAAUGAAUCACAGUUCUCCCAAGAAGAUUUGGCAGAAGCCAAUGAGAACUCUCUAGGGAAUUCUUUGGAAACAGUCAAGCUGCGUGAAUAUUCUUCUACAGGAUGCCCUUCAGAUGCUGAGGAGGUCCCACUGUUCUAUGGAGAAUGUAGUAAACACAGUUUCAGCAGUGAGCAGGACACUAGUCUUCUCCAGCAGUAUUUAAAAUCAGUUGAGCAGCUAGAGGAGGCAGGUAACAAGACAAGUUUCAGAAGUGAAACAGAAAAUAGUAAAUCCCAGACAGCUAUCUCAUUAGAAAGCCAAAAUAACUCAUGCAAUGUGUUGGGCUCUCAAAAUGUGCUUUCAUCAGCAGAAGAAGGAAAUGGUCAAGCAGCAGAAAGAUCUAAUCUGAAUGCAGAAAUGGCAGAAGAGAAACAAGCAGACUCUGACUCUUCAUUCCAAGCACUUCCUGUUAGCAUAACUGUGUAGCAGUUAUAAACCUGUCUGAGGGGGGCAGGGUUAGAAAAGCCAGCUAACACUUUUUUUUGUUAUUUAUACAAAUAUUCAUAUUUUUCUUGGAGGCUGUUCUAGACUCCAGCUCUUAUUCUCUUGGUACAGCUUGGUUUGUAAGCAAUUUUGUUAAUCUAACUUUUUUGACUGACCCUGUGUUAAACUGUAAUAAGUAAGGUUCACUAUGAUGGACACAAUGCACUUAAUUUAAUUUUUUUAUGUGAUUGAAUAAUAACAGGUUUCUGUGAAAUAUAAUUUUGCAGAUUCUAACUGCUUUUCCUAUGAACUUAGUUGAACUAGGCAGCUAAUGUUUUCCGCAAAAGACAAAGCAUACGUUCUUAUAGAUUAGCAUGAGGGGAGAAAUUAAAAUAGUUAAGAAUACUUUGUAAUUUGAGGAAAAUAAGAUAUUUAAAAUAACAACAACCUAAGAACGGUGUUUUGAUCAAUAGUUCAAACAAGUAUGCUUAAACUCAGGUACUAAGCCAUAGCCUGGUUAUUUUAUUUGCCAGCCUUGCUACAUGUACAGAUGGUCUUGGUUUUGAAGAAAAGACAAAAUAGUCCACUUGCCAAUAUACAAAAUGGGCUCAUUCACAUGAUCUGAAACAGGGUCAGAUCCUCAGUUGUAUGCACUCAAAAAGCACGGUAGGAGGAGGGGAGAGUGAUUGUUUGGGAGAUGGGUAGGAUGGCUCUUUGUCCACUCUCAGUAAAAUGCUGGCGAUGGAAUGUGGAUAGGGCAAGUCUGUCCUAUCCUGCUCCCAUCUCCCACACGAUUACUCUCCCCUGCUUCUACCUUCCUUUUUUUGUUUACACAAUUGCAGAUUGGAAGAGCAUGCAGCCCUCCUGCCCUGGCUGGCGACAACUCUGGCCCUGUUUCGGGUCAUGUGAACAUGCCUAACAUAUUUUUCUAAAUAUGAUUGCUGACUUCAUGCAGCUCAGUCCUUUGUCAUCUAUUGAUGCAGUUGUUUGACUAAUAACUCAAUUUCUUAGAAAAGAAAAACCUGUGUUAUGCAGCAGUAUCAGCUAGGAACUCUCAAGGGCUAAGGCAUUGUUAGGAAGGGAAUGGGGCUUGCCUCAGCCUCUAGCACUGCAUUCCAAGGACCACAAUAAGAGGUCUGUUCCCUUUUGAAUAGUGUAAGUAGUUUGGCAAACUACUACAAUGGGUGGGUGGGUGGGUGCUUUGGCUAUUCUAGUGUAAGUUUCUGUGGAUGCUGCAGCAACUGAAACAGAACUGGGCUGUGUAUGUUUCAAGUAAUUCCACGAUUCACAUUGUUGUCUGCUUAUAAUGCUUCCCCUACAGUCAUCUUCACCUGUGCACUCAAUGACUGUGCAUGUGUUGUGGAUGUGAUGUGCCAGGUAGUCACCACCUCUGCCAGAGUUCUAAGUCCAUGCAGAGGAAGCUGAAUGCAUGAACCCUGGGGGCAUGACUUGGCAGUACACUCUUGUUUUGCCCCUUCUGCAUAUUCAGCAACAUGCCUGAACAGGGCUUAGUUGGCAGGUAUGUAAGAGAAGUUUAGUGGUUGGUUUUGCUCACUGCUGAAAGGAAGUUGACCUCUAGACAAAUAGUCCUAGUGACUAUUAGUCCAAGUUCUAGUGACUUGUAGGUCUUGGGUUUCCUUGCGUCAUUGAGUCAUAAGUCCUUGUGUUUUUAACUGUUGAGGAGACUGUUAUGGUGACUCUUCUCAACACGGAGCCCACUAGCUUAUAUAGGUAAAUUCUGACAUUGUUUUUUCCAUGUUAUGAAAUUACUGUCACUAGUGGUAAAUAUGUAUUGGAAACAUAUAGAUGUGGUUGUGGUUUUUUCCAAUAUUGUUUAGACAUGAAACAAAGGUUCUAAGCUGUGUAAGGAGCAAUGAGUCAAUCACACAGCUUGCCAUGGAGAAAUUAUUUUGCCAUAUAUGUAUGGAUAGGUAUACUGUAAAAAUGAUUUAAGUUUCACUUUCAGAUUUACCAUCACUGUAUUUGGAAAAUGAGAACUGAUGCUGUGAUCUUAUAUUUGAAAACCAAAGAUGAAUAUAAGCAAGUUUAAUUGAGGAUUUGCUCAAGGUGGCCUGCUUCCUUUCCACAAGAUUAUCCAUGCAUCUUAACAUUUCAGCAGUUAUUCCCCCCUCUUUCACUCCCCUCCCUCUGUUUUUAAAAUGGGUAUUACUAGUAUUUCCUUGCUAUGUCCUAACUGUAGUCCAUAUUUCAGUCUUGGAAAUAAAAUUAAUCCCUUUAUGUAACAUCAGCAUAAGGCUAAUGCGCCACUUGUCUUUUACAUAGGAAUUGCCCAUGCCACCAAACAAACUGAUUUGUUUGGUCCAGAAUGUAGAUCAAGCCUUUGCACUCCUGCUCUCCCGUUUCCUUUUCAGCUCGGUUGUGCAGCCAUGACUUUUCAAUCCUGACUUGUACAAACCAGGAACCGUGUUUUUAACUCUGUUUAACAAGUCAGGAUGUAACACCAGCUUCAAACUGUGAUUUGACGUUAUGGCUUAUAAAUCAGAAUUAACCACAGUUUCUGGCUUCUCAUGAGCUGAAGAGCCAUGGAUUAACAAGUCAUAAUGCCUGGCCGUAGAAGGGAGGGCAGAGCAUGUGGAUUCAACUUGUGUAUCCAAUUGACAAACCAGCCCAAGUGGUCAGUUUGAUUAAAUGCUUACUUGGUGUGACAGGACCCUAAAAAUGAUGGCCGUCAUGAUGUGCAACACCAGUGUUGACCAUUGGCUGGCACUGCUGCACAUGUGCCAGAUAACCCCAGCAGUAUUGCAUAACUACUAAAAAUCACAUCUGCAGUUGUACAGUAACUGUGUAAGUAUAACAGUAUAAGUAGUGCUGCGCAACUGCGGGCAUGCACAACUGCCCACGUGCGCAAUGCCACUGGGACUGCUUGUCGUGUGCAGCAGCACUGGCUGAUGGCCAAUGCCAACAUUGCAUUGCAUGUCAUGUCAGCCAUAAGGCAUGAUCUAAUUCAAGUUAUGUAUUUUUAAUUCUCAUUAAUUUGAAUGUGAGAGUUAGUUUAAGCAUGUGCUAAAAUGACUCUCAUUGAAGUCCAUGGAACUUAAGUUUGUUUAGCUUUGGGCUGGUUUUUUGGACUUUGUACAACUUUAGUAAGGCAUGACACCUGCAUCUUUGAUGAUUGAAGGAAUUUUCUGUGUUAACUUAGAGGAACCCUUAAUAGGGAUGUGCACGGACUGGUUCAGAGGCCCUUUUAUGGGCCUCUGAGCUGGUUCGAACGUCUGGUGGUUUGAAGGUGUGUGUGGGGGGGGAAUAUCUUUAAGCACAGGAGAAGGUGCUCUUACUCCUCCCACUGCAUUUCUCCUGUUGGCGCUGCCUUUUAAAAUGGUCUGGCGGGAUGGCAAUGUACCUCCUUGCCACCCCAGGGCCUCCUCAGAUCAGAAGUGCCUGGUGCGCAUGCCAUGCGUUUGUGCAACGUGCAUUCACACCCAAUGUGCACACGCACAUCGAGCACUUCUGGCCUGAGGCGGCACCAGGGUGACAAGGAGGUAUGCUGCCGCCCCGCCAGACCUUUUUAAAAGGCAGUGCUGGUGGGGGAAAUGAAGUGGGAGGCUUAAGAGCACCCUCCCCUGUCCUUAAAGAUAUCCCCCCCCCAUUUGAACUGGCAGGCGUCGGUUCUGUGCACUCCACUAAGCCCUAAAUGUAUUUCUGAUGAGACUGUGAAAAUGAGACAAUUAAAACUCUUGUGGUGAUGCAAAGCACUUCUGCCUUCAAGCUGGCUUGAUUUUUUUUUUAAAGUCUUCCACAGAAAUUAUCAGGACUUGAAGGAAACGCCCUGAAGUUUCAUAGUGUGCCAUUUUUCAUGUAGCAGUGGAACUUGAAGAAUUAUGUGCAGAAAAGCUCUUCCAUUGAAUCCAUAUGUAUUUAAUACAAGGUUAGUUUGCUUUUAUGCUCACUGCUACAUGUAACAGCCAAAAUGUUUUUGAUGUGUGAAAAUGUGCAUAACAUAUUCCAAUGUGUGAUCUUUUUGCCUUUUGCUUUCCUAAACUAAGCAGUUUAUUCUGUUUGGUAUGCUUUGCUUAUAUAUAAGUCAGAUAAGAGACUUUGGGCUACCUUUGGCAGAGCUGUAGAACUUGUUCCUGUAUAAAUCCCCCCCGCAAAAAGCACUCAACCCAGAUUAAGUUAGAUUACCUAGAUUAAACUAGGAUUCCCCCCACCUCCAUCUUAAACUAGGAUCCCCCCCCCGAUUAAGUAGAUUAAGCUAGGAUUCCCCCACCCCCAGCUCUGAAGCUGCCCCCUAGAUGCCCAAAGGCCCCAAGCCACCUGUGUUUGCCUUUUCAUGGCAAAGAAGAAAAAGGGAAUGACGAUACCCUCUUAACAACUAGAGUGCAUCAUGUUUCCUGUCUUCAUGCAAAUAGUCAGUGGUACAAUUUUGAAAGCAGUGUGCUAAUAUGGAUGCUUUGCCCUCAUGUAUCCUCUCUCUUUAUCAUGAAAGCACACUGACCCUGUGUUGAAAAACAUGUUAAUACUCAAAGGAUUCUUAAGUCCAGAAACUUAAUAGUAUUGGAGCACACAGACACACUUAUAACCUGGAGAAUUUUCUGGCAUUUGCUUCAUUUCUAUUGUAUGUAAAGUAUUUUAAGUUAUCUUAAGCAUUCUGAUCAGUAGGUUUUACUUUCAAGUAAAUAUGUGUAAGAUAUGACUGUGGAAAAACAAAUUUCUCAGUUGUCCUUUCUUCAAAGAAUGUGAAACUAAGAACAUUGUCUAUUGAUGAAGACAGAUUAGUCAGCAAGGAUAAAUAGGGUAAAUCCUGCAUAGGAUCUUCAGAGGUAUAUGGUUUAACAGUGCUAUUACUGAAAUCAAUAGUAAAAAAAAAAAAUCCAUCUUCAUAAAGGAAAUAUGAGGGAAAGCCUCUUCUCAAGAGGCUCUUAGAAUUUUAUAAUGUGUCCAUGAAAUGCUUUUGCCACAAUGCAGAAAGGCAAUGUGAUUACAAGCUGGAUAAUUGCAGCUUGCUCAGGUGGGAGCAAAUGAAAGUAUCAAUUGCUACAAAUUUAAUUUAGGCGUAGUAUAACUUUUCUACUUUUUUUUUUUUUAAGAAAACAAAAUAACCUGCAUGUGACAAUUUUUUAAAGUUUGCAUUUGAGAAUAAAGUGUCCUGAUGCAAUGAAAUAAAGAUGUUUUCUGAAUCGUUUGA